AUGAACUCGGUUCUGAAGGUCCGGGUGCGCCGUGCGGUGUUGGUGUCUGCCCUGCACGAGGUCUACGCCAAGCUCGGCCUGGACCUGCCCGCUGGCGGACGGUCCAUGGUCGCCCCGAAGAAGCCGGAGGCGCCCAAGAGGCCCCGCGAGAACGAGUACGCGGAUUUGGAGGCCCGCGCAGUGUUGGAGGGGCUGGCGGGGCGUGGCGCACGGCUGCCCUGGUACGAAGACGCGGGCAGCCGAGUCAAGCGCGGUUUGGAUUCCCAGGAGGGCGGGGUCCACGACCUGGGGCUCGCGCUGGAGUGCGCACAGCGUGCACUGAAGUCCGUGUGGGCCGAGUCCUGGUUCGGGACCCUCGUCAGCCGUGGGCGCGAGUGCCUCACGACAGGGGCGUGGUCCGUGCAGGCCGAGGGCCUCUGUGCCACCAGGACGAAAAAGCGCACCGGCUGGAAUAUCAUGAAACAGUUCAGUUGUUACCUGCCCAGUUUGCGGCUCGCCAUGGCCAGGUACAGCGAUUUCAGGGGGGUGCAGGCCUCGAAGGUCAGGCGCGUUGGCCUCCCAUGUGAAUCUGAGAUCCGCGCGUCAUCUCACAUGGCGGGUGUGGGGCUGGGCUGGGCCGCAAAGCUACGCGUCGAAGCGCUGCCAGCCAGCGCCGGACGCCAGGCGCCCUCCAAGGAGCAGCUCAAGGAGCUCGGCGUCGGCAUCCCAUUCAGCUACGCCCUGCUCGGGAGCAUGAACUCCGCCGUGAUGGUCGCGGUGUGCUGGCCGAUCUUCGUCAUGCGGAGCGGCGGGAGCCCGCUGCUGUUCGCCCCGCUGAAGCUCAACCCGAAGUUCGCAGUCUACCUGAGCGCCGUGUACUUCAGUUAUGGCAGCGUGUCCACCCCGUUCCUGGCCAUCGCGGCCGUGGCUGUGGCCCCUUUCUUCAACAGUACGCUGAAGAUGCUCCAGGAGCGCCUCAACUGCCCCCGGUGGUUCGCGCUCGCGGUCGUGACCAUCGGACUCGCCGUGGUGCUGCCGGCGUUCCUGGUUGGGGCGAUAUGCCUGAGCUGCCUGGUGUGCCGCUGCCCAGUGCUCGUGUGA